GAGGAGACGUGAUGGCAACUUGGAGGUGGACGCCGGCUGCUGCUGCUGCUUCUGCUAUUUCCGUGGUUUAUACAAUGCGUUCUACGUUUUGGUGCAAAAUAUCUCUGUUAUUUAUUGCCCUGGUGCAACUAGGAACAUUAGUGUGCGCUGACUUACAGUAUGUGACAUGCGGUUCUGUGCUGAAGCUGGAGAACCAGCAGCACCAAGUGCGCCUGCACUCCCACGACAUAAAAUACGGCUCUGGCAGUGGUCAGCAGUCUGUCACAGGAACUAUGGAUAGAGAAGAUAACAACAGCCACUGGGUCGUCAAAGGCAAGCGUGAAAAGGCCUGCCUGCGUGGGGAUCCAAUUCCAUGUGGGUCACCAGUGAGGCUGGAGCAUCUGGUCACUCACAAGAACCUGCACAGCCACCAUUUUGUGUCUCCGCUGUCCAACAACCAGGAGAUCAGCGCAUUUGGCGAUGGAGGCGAGGGCGACACCGGUGAUAACUGGACUGUAGUCUGCAGCUCAGACUUCUGGGAAAGAGGCUCACCAGUGCGCUUCAAGCACAUUGACACUGACGCGUGGCUUUGCACCUCAGGCCAGACGUAUGGGCGGCCUAUAGGAGGCCAAAUGGAAAUAUGUGGGCUGAGCUACCCAGACAACUCCUGUCAAUGGAAGAGUGUUGAGGGCAUCUUCAUUAAGCCAACGGCAGAGAUAUCUUCUAGUCGACUGCUGCAUGACCACUCAGAACUGUGAUGCCCCCUUCUCUACCCUCCUUGUACAUCACUCUUCACUGCAUGGACUUUCCAGUGUGCCUCCGGGGCCUCUUCAGUUUGGUCUGCACUAGCUGCAUUCCCGCCUCGUGCAGGUCUGUGCCCACAUUGCCUUUGGGCAGAGCAGUUUGUGUCGCUCCAUACCGCUUCCCAAUGCUCUGUUCAGCAUUUGGCAUCUGCUUAAUGAUUUCAAAAGCGUCUGCACCGAACUGUCUUUGCUGUUUGACUGAAGCUACAGUACAGGGAAUGCAAGCUAGUGUUCUGGCAAAUUCCACUGACUGUUUUUGAGGAGCAACUGGAAUCCUGGAGCUAAUGCCUGAACACCACUCGGAUUUUCAAGUCCAGACCUGCCAAAGGAAAAAAAACCAUGCCCUGGGCUGGAUCACAGUAGAAGUUAUCAUGCAUAGCCAGCAUAAGCGAUGCAACAUGCUCAAGGACUUCCUGUUGAAUCUACGUCUUGGUUGCAGAGCAAGAGAGAGCAAUCCACUGCAAAUCAAGUUGAUCCAGGACAACCAGUACAAAUAGAAAAUGUUUCCUGUAUGGAUGAGCGGGAAACACAUUUCCACCACACAGCAGAAGAAUCUGCUCCGAAUCAAACAGCAGGGUUCACCUGUAGGUUGUAUUUCAGGUCAUUGCUACCCAUGCGGGGCAGGCUCAGCUAGUGCAGGCAACAAACUGACGAGACCUGCAGUGUUUCUGCUGGCAUCACCGGUGUUACUGCCCAAGUCACAAGCAGGAAUGGAAUGAAGAGACGAAGCCUCGCAGAAUGUGCAAUUCAAAUUGUGUUCUCGUCUCGCUGCACCUUUCAUCAAAGGAACUGUUCCCUUCUCGUCCGGCUUGUGGCAGCUGCCAGUCAUUAUCAAGUUGCUGCUGCACGGGACAUGUCGAAAAACAGUUCUUCAGGACUUUAUUAUACAAUAUAGUACACAGAACCUUGUAAGUCACUCGCUGUAACCACCCAAGUAUGCUGUGAUGUUUAAGAUUCACUUUUGUCACACACUGUUGCGACCAGUGCUGCAAAGAUGGCUACUAUUGUUUACAUUUCACGUGGCGAUUUAGAAGACUACUUCAAUGACAACCUGUCUUUCAUGUCUCAGCGAAAUGUCUGUCUGUCACAAUGAAAAUAACUUGCCAUAUGCGUGAAUGAUUUGCAAGCACAAGACAUUACAUUACGUGUUUAAUAAAGUAUUUCAAAAUUAACAAAUGUAAUGUUUUUUUUUUCUUUUUUUACCCAUAUUAGCUUAUCACUACUGUGUUUUGUAACUUGGAUAUCAAGGGCACUUUUUCCAGCCUUUGUUGCAGCCAUCACAGUAUCAUGUUAUAAUCAUAACAUCCUUCAUUUCCUUGAUAGAAGCUAUGACCCUUCUUGCUCCUCCCAGGAUUCUCGCAGCCGUUAUUGUUCCUGCCAUAAUGCUGCUGUUGUUGCCCCAGGCACUGAUGCUUUGGACAACACUCUGGGCUUUCCUCUAAUUGGCCCUCUGCAGUUUUGAAGCGAAGCUUUAUUUGUGAACACUCCCCGACUUUCCUGGCCAUGGCUGAGUGCUGCUGUUUUGCUGAAUAGCUUGAAUGCAGCACAGCGCUACCAUCUUUGCCACCGUUACAGGCAACCUGGCUGCUGGCCUUGUUUUCUACGGAAUUGCUUGGCGAUAAAACAAAUAGUACAUAAAUAUCCUCACUGCAACAAAUAUAGGUCGUAACGAGCACAAUUCCUUUCAUAAAGCAACCCUUUCUAUGCCUAUUUUUCUAGGGUUUGGUGCAUCUGCUUGGUCGCUCUUUCGCCAAGUAUAAAAUGCAAUUUACUGUUGCCCUAUCUGCAGGAUCGACCUGCUCUAAUCAGCACACUGUCAUAGCAAAGGGGGCCAAUCCCAGAGACGGUAUAAUGCGCAAUCAUGUGGUGGGUCACGCGCCGUGUGUCCUCACUGGCAGGCAGGUAAUGGCGAUUGUUCAAAAAGCUUCAUAGAACAUAAUCAUUUGCAUGGCAUUUAUUUAACCGCUUCGCUUCUCAGAUUCCAACAUAUGGGUUGGAUUUGCAUAAUUGUUUUUUCACAUAGAUUGUUUUUCACACAAUUGUUUUUCCACUGAAAGGAGUAACUGAAACACCUAAGUGGCAGCUGCAGGAUGUUGAGAAUGAAAAUGUGUUCAUUUCUUUAUGCUGGUCUUAUCUAUGUGAAACACUUGGUGCACCUAAGGGAGCUCUCCUAUCACUAUGACAGCCAAGAAAAGUUUUCAAAACCUGUAUAAGUGAAACGAAAAUUUAAAAAAAAACUAUUUUUAGGAAGUCAGCUUCCUGACUUAAUGUUGAAUUGAAAAAUACUGAAUAUGAACCUUUCAAUCAGAAUCUUGUAACUUAAUGCAUGUGUGACCUAUGCUGCGAUUGCUCUUCCUUAAUUGUUCUCAGGACUUUAUUGAGCAAUAUGCAGUUUUGGUAGUGGAGCUAUUUUACAUAAUCUUUGUGCAGGCUGCAGUCAUGAUAUAAUUACUAAAAAAAAAAGUUUUCAAGCAUGUGGAACUUGCAACACCUUACAACUGUGCAUCAUUUAUAUAGAUACACUGCAGAUCUGGGAAGUUAACCUGGCACUCUGGAAUAACAUUUACAUAAAACAAACUACAAGUCACAGCCCAGAGACCUAGUGAAAAAUCUGGAGGAUGCUUAAGCUUCGCCUUUAAGAGUGGAACGCAAUAGUGUUAUCGGGCCCCAUGGAGGCCCUAGGAAAGCCAGCUUACUAAGACCAAGCUUACACCGAUCCCCUUAAAGUAGGCUUCACUUUUAAACAAAUCCAUUGCUGGGAAGACGUUUUCCCAGGCGCAAUAUAAGGCGUGUUAUAUUAAAAUGUGAAGGCCCUAGGACCUUUUUUUAUUAUUUUAUGAAUGGUUUGCUAUUGCCCCGAUGCGCGCGCUUGACCCAGGAGGAGAAAAUAAACUUUAUUGAAGACAAGGGGAGGGGGGAGCCGAGAUCAGGCAGAGGGGGCUAGAGUGGCGUCCAGCUGGCCGCGAACUUCGCCACCGAGUCCGCCAGCCCGGCUUGGGUUUGAGGGUUAGUAGAUUUUAGUAUGGAGUCCCACGCCUCCUGUGAAGGAGCUUGCCGCAGGAGAUUUCUUGGGGUAGGAUUAUUCCUGCAACCCCAUAGAAUAUGAUGCUGAUCGGCUGGAUCUGUGUCGCAAUAUUUACAUUUUAAAUUAUAGUCAGCUUUGGAUAGAUAAGAUAGAAUUUUGGGGGACAUAACAGUUCCUGUUUGCACCCUGCGGAGAUCCGUGGCUUGCAUUCUACUAAGGGAAGAAUCCAGCGGUGGAUAUAUCCGCCGGUCCUCCCUGUACGCGGUGAUAAUUUCAGCGUAGCUGUGACUGGGUGUCGUUCCACCUGGUAGCGGUCCCGGACAUGCCUCCACCACCCGGUUAAUUCUCGGGCCAUUUUGUUCCCGCCAUUCCCAGAGUGGGCCGGCAUCCAGAUAAGCGUAACCUUGCCAGCCGGUUCGCCCAGUAUUUCGGAGGCUCGUGGGCCUGCCGACCCUUGCAUGUAACUUAUAAUAGCUGACAUGGAGUUCGAUAUUAUGAAGCUGUGUCAUGAUGCUGCUAUACCAAGCGCAAUUGCGGCUUCCUUGGCUUCGCGCGUUCCUGCCAAUGAUGCGAGUGCCAUCUGGAUAGGAUUUUCGCAACUAACCUAUCUGAGCACGCCGCUGUUGGUAUGGUAUAAAUGCUGGAAAAGGAGUUUAUGUUUGAGUUUACUCGUAACAGAAUUAUGUUUUCUCGUACAUUCAAAUUACAAUCGACGCCACCAUGUCUGUAGGUUGUGAUUAAGUUGUACUUUACUGUUUUUCUGACGGAUUUCACUGUGCGAAAUGCAAUUUUUGUUCACAAAAACAUUGCACCUUGUUGAGGGCCUGCGCGGUUGGAGUGGUUCGGGAUGAUUUUCUCCACCACGGAUGCCGACAUCGACACCGGAUUUUCUGCAACACGUGUCCCUUAGCGCUCUCGCGUUAAAACAAGACCGGUGGUGAUGCCGUCUUACUUAUGUCACCAGCUCGCCGUGAAAAAUUUUUGGCGGAGUCUGUUUGAGCUUAGAUAAUUUUUUAUCAGCAAAGAUGGACUACAGUGUGUUCUAAAAGUCCCCAAAACUGAACUUAGUGCCUAGAACUUCUACUGAGCACACAACGGCCCAAAUACGGAAAAUACUUUCAAUUCCAUGACAUCACACUGACAUAUAGACGCUGGGGUUUCGGCGCAAAAUUCCAAAAACGAAUCUUCAACCUACAUUUUAUCAUCUAAUAAUCAACCUAUCACCUUGAAAUUACUGAAGAUACAGUUCUGAAAUACUUUAUCAGUCUGCACUUAAUGUUUCACGCUUCGCGGGACUAACCCUGCAGGAGGCAUUCCCAUUUGGCUUCCAAGAGGGGCACCGGCAUGGGAAAACAAUCGCUCUGACUCGCUUCCGUUCGCGGGGCCGCACUUGCAAAUGACUUGUGUCGGGCAUUGGCAAACUAUUCGCUUGGUAAUCCUUGCGUGGCGAAUCGAACUUCAUCGAUUUGGCAGUGUGUUCCACCGAGGAACUAGUAUUCCUUGUAUUUUGGCGAGCCGGCUUAUUCUAUAGAAAGUGCAAUAAAUGCCAUCUUUUCUUGCGUUUGCAUUACCGUGUUGUCACUUCUUUUGUUACCGAGAGCACUACAGACCACACAAAGUACUACAACCCGAAGGUUGGCAAGCAGCAUUCUAAAAGUGCAGAUUUGGCUUGUUUAUCAGUGUACCGCAUCUUCCACAAAAAAGACACUGGUAAAUAUAAAAAAAAGCUUUUAUAUCUACUAAUUCAUCUACGUAUGUUAUUGUCACAUUUACAACACUGGGCAAUCAGACAAUUCUACACAAAAAUAUUUCUACGUGAUCUGAAUAUGCAUGGGUGGGUAAAAAUGGAGUCCCUUUAUGUGCAUCUUUCUACCGCUUGCAUUGCGCUGUCUGCACAGGUGUUUUUUGGAGUGUCACACCAGUGCCACAUCGGCAUUUUCGAAGAGAAAUUCAAUCCAGAUUGGGCUCGACUGCAAUCAAAAGUGCCCUGUGCGACUUGGGUAUUAGAAGUGAACUACACAAUGUAGUUGCUGCCACCUUCCCUGUUUUUGAACAGGCCCUGAUGCUUGCUCACAGAAGUCCAGCAUGCGUUAAGGCAACACACACAGCUUUUUCAAGAGAUCUAUUUAUUUAACAGCUUGCCUAGUCCCCCUAGUUACGCAUCGGUCAGUUGGUAUCCCACCACAAAGGACACAGCUAACAGGCUUAUGAUGCAUAGUAAGGUAUUGAUCCACAAAAUAGCAUCUUUUAACCCUCCUGCGUUCUGUGUAAUAAAAUAUUAAAUCACGACAUAAAACCUGCACACAUAAUGUCAGCUUAUAGGUAUCUCUAAAGCAUACACAUUUCUUAGUGAAAUACGAUACUCAACAGCUUCCUUGAAUUUCUUAAAUUUGGCCUACCAUUCUUUGGCCAUUUGGUACAUGCAACUUGAUAUGUGCUACUGUAACCUAAGGUGUAUAGAAUCCUUAAAAUGUAUUUACAUAUGUCAUAUUUUCCAUGCAUAGUCUCUAACCACCAUUCUUUUCUCAACAAGCAUUAUACAUUGCCUUUGUCCUAACCACAUUGCUGCAUCAACAUGUUGCAUUGUGCAUCCAUCUGAUUAGGUGCGCCAUUUUGCAGCUUGCGAACCGUGUAGUGCGUAGAUAGAAAUUUUGCAUGAGGUUACACACUGCACAGCAUGAAAAUAAACACAAUUUUACGCAUCACAUUUAAUUGUAUAAGAUUUAAUCAGUGACUUCAUUAAGCUUCAUUUCACGUGAUUCCAACAUGUGCAUUGGACAUGCACAAUUUUCUUUUUUCCAUAGUAUUGACAGGACAACCAGCAAGGUGCACGUUAUGUGAAUUCUGAUAGCAGAGAUGGGAAUAGUGUUAACAGGACGUGAAUUUGUCAAAUUGCAAUAUCGCACAAGGCCUAAUGCGAGAGUUGAAAAUAAAACAUGGAAAAAGAGUUGGUAUCAAUCAAGCUUUUAAUCCUGCACAAUACCUUUCCAUUCACACAACAGCAGCAACAGGAGCCAAAUAACAAUGACAUCGCACCGGAAGUGUUUGAAAUUUCACGUGCCAAGAGUUGCUCUUUGCAUAACACACUGGUCUUUGGAUUAAUAAAAAAAAAGAGAAAACACCCAACAUAAAAUUUCUUGACAAUUGUCCAACACAGAAAAGAACAGCGAAGCAUAAUCUGCUACACUGGCAAGCAUGAUGCAAAUUGCUGAGUGGUCCAGCAACAGAUGCAUACCUCUAUCAAGAACAAUAAUGAACUGUACAAUAAAGUCAAACAGCCAGUGAAAAAAAA